UUCAACAAGGAAAACGUCUCCUCAAGAAAAASUGAAGAGUUGGGCUUUCUAAUGACCUCGUUUCGACUGAAAAGUAAUGCUUUUAUAUAAUACACUAAAAACCGAUGGCAUAGCGUAUUACUUUGGAAGAAAAAUCCGCAUACUCUGCACCGCUUUCCUAUGUACAUUUUGGGUCUUCACAUUGCUCACGAAUAGUUGUAAAGCUCAAGGAUUCCCACCAGUAUUUCCGGGAGAAUUUGAAGGCAAAUGUGAUAGUGACCACUUUCACUGCGAUAACCAGUGYUUUCCAUUACCUUGGAAAUGUGAUGGAGAAAAAGACUGUUCUGAUGGAUCAGACGAGAAAGAUUGCUCAUAUGUACUAGCAAAUCAAACAACUUGUUCCCCAAAUGAAUUUGUAUGCAAUGGCAAGUGUGCUCCCUUGAGUUGGAAAUGUGAUGGCGAGAAAGACUGCAAACCAGAUGGAUUUGACGAGAAGGGAUGUGMACCAAUAACAUGCCCUCCAGACAAGUUUCAAUGCAAGGACAGGCCAAGGUGUAUUCCAACCAUCUGGCUUUGUGAUGGAGAGGAAGAAUGUGACGACGGCAGUGAUGAAAUACACUGCGACAAUCAUACAUGUGCAAGUAAUGACUUCCGCUGUGCCAAUGGAAGCAAAUGCAUCAAAUCUAGCUGGGUUUGUGAUGGAUAUAACGAUUGUGGUGAUUUUUAUGAUGAAAAGCAUUGCAAUAGCACUCGUCCUUGUCWAUCCCAUGAAUUCAGGUGUUCAAAUGGUUUCUGUGUCUUGAAGAAAUGGCUCUGUGAUGGUGAAAAUGAUUGUGGAGAUAAUUCAGAUGAGAGAGCAAACUGCUCUCAAAAAGCUUGUAACAAACUUACAGAAUUCUCUUGUCUAAAUGGCCAAUGUAUCAGUAACCUAUGGCGAUGUGAUGGAUCUGAUGACUGCAAUGAUGGCAGUGACGAGAAGGGCUGUGCUACUUGCAGUCCYAACACAUGGAAGUGCAUUGGAAGCACAAAGUGCAUAAAACUAAGUCAAGUGUGCAAUGGUCAGAAUGACUGYGGAGAUAAUUCAGAUGAAGGGCCUCACUGUUUGGAUAAUGACUGCAARCAAAAAAAGUGUUCACAGCUUUGCCGUCAGACAUCAACUGGUGCUAAGUGUUAUUGYAAGAGAGGGUAUCGCAUWGGAAAAGAUGGCAUCACAUGUGAAGGUACAGUGGUUGACAAUAAACGCUGUAAUGCCAGCGGCAAUAAAUAAAAUCCUAGAUACUAGGAUUUUUCUUUUACUCUCUYCAUU